AUGUCGAACAACCAUCACACGUUUCAGGGGAAAAGAAACAAACUGUCAGUGUGGGUGAAAAAAAUUAUCAACACAACCACAACGACCAAUGCAUCGGUCACGAGCAAUAAACCAAGUCGGAUCGGGGCUGGCCCUACAAGAGCCAAGCACGCACAGUUGGACCCGGAUGCCACCACUAUCAGUUCGUCUCUCCGACCCAUGAUCGACCAGGGCUCGUUGCACUCAAGCGAAUCAGACGAUGAGGGACCGCAAAGAGUAGUAUGGGACAAGCCACCGGCAGGACGAGCGAAGCAGCAGCAACAACAGCAACAGCAGCAGCAGCAGCAGCAACAGCAGCAACAGCAACAGCACGACAACGCAAGCGUCAUACCGCUGGUUUCGUUCUGCUCCUCUUCGGUAAAGUCGUCCACUUUCUCGGAUAUCCAUUCGAUACAGUCCACUAGGCCCACCAUAUUCUCCGGCAGGACCCUUGAGACGAACUCUAGUGUGCUGGCCAUCCCGCCGCAGAGCAUUCUGGACCGGUCUAGAGCUCUCCCGUCGUCCAACGCAAGCAUCACCACGACAAGAAGACCGUGA